GUAAAGGAAGCAGAGGGAGCUAGUGCGGCUCUUUGGUUGGAUCCCAACGUAUACCUUCCUUAAAAUUUCAAAAUGUUAUAUUCUUAAAUAACUUUGAAAAACAACAACAGUGUUAAGGGAGGGCAAUCGUGGAUCAGAGGAAGAUCGAUGAUCUGUGAUUGACUUGUACGCCUGGAAAAAGAGAGAGCGAGAGGGAAGGAGAGAGAGCCGAGCAGAAGUUUCCUUCUGGUUGACACUCGCGUCCCCAGAGCUCCGGGAGACGCCAAAGGCUGCAGGUCCAACUUGUUUUCGUCCUUUCUAGAACCAUGCGUGCGUUGGCUGCUGGACGACACGGGUGCAGCCAAGUUCUGGUGCGGUUCUAAAGUGUCGGUGGGCUCUCAAGGAGGAGAGGAGGGGUUGGGGGUGCACAAGAAGGAUGACUUUAGGGACGGAUAUGUCCGACAGCUCUGCAUUGUCCGAUGAUGUGGACAUUGACGUGGUCGGGGGGGACCUGUCCGUCGGGAAGGACGGCAAGUACCUGCACCACGACUUCAACCUGGACUCCGAUGAUAAUUACUCGCAGAACGCAGAGGAAGGGGCGUCCUCGCCGGGUCUGAGCAGCUCCGACUGCCCAGCCGAGCAGAUGGGGCUCGGCGCCGAGUCCGGGUCGGUCCUGGUGGGCGACAAGGCGAGGAAAAGCGCCUUGGUGAAGCCCCCUUACUCCUACAUCGCGCUCAUCACCAUGGCCAUCCUGCAGAGCCCCAAGAAGCGGCUGACCCUCAGCGAGAUCUGCGAGUUCAUCAGCAACAGGUUCCCCUACUACCGCGAGAAGUUCCCCGCCUGGCAGAACUCCAUCCGGCACAACCUCUCCCUCAACGAUUGCUUCGUAAAAAUCCCGCGGGAGCCCGGUAACCCCGGGAAGGGCAACUACUGGACGCUGGACCCGGACUCGGCGGACAUGUUCGACAACGGGAGCUUCUUGCGCAGGAGGAAGCGCUUCAAGAGGAACCAGGGCAACGAGAUUCUGCGGGACGCCGGGGGCUUUCUCCCCGGGUUCGGAUACAGCCCGUACGGAUACAGCUACGGACUUCAGCUACAGAACUUCCACGCCGCGCACAGCCCGUACCACCCGCACCACCACCCGCACGCGGGCGGCUCCUUCCCGUUCCCCAACGCGCCGUGCACCUUGCCCUCGAACAUCUUCCCCGCGGCGCCACCUCCCUUGCCCGACCUGAGGAAGCCCUUCUACCCGUCCCUGGCGCCUGUCAAGACGGACUCGAGCGCGCCGAGUCGACCGUCCUUCUCCAUCGACAACAUCAUCGGUGCGGCCAACUCCGCCGCGUCGUCGUACAGCGCGCAACCGGGUGGGCAGGCGCACAUCUUGGCCAUGCUCAGCCCGGCUUUGGCCUCCGCUUCCAACCACUUGAGCCUGGCGCAAGACUUGUUACAGCCCGGUCCACACGGGCAGACUUUCCCCAGCAAAAACUUGAACACUUGCCCUUUCUGAAGAAAAAAACUGAACAUAUUUUUAUUAAUAAAAAGCCAAAAGUGGUGUGCUCCUAUGUGAAGGUAGGCUGAACAUUAUUGAUGGGGUAAAAGUAAGUAUUGUGCUUUGGCUCCUUAAGAAGGUUUAUUUAUGCUUUGUAAAUAGGUGCAUUUGGGAAACAAUAAUGAUCCGUCCAAAUAGGCCUUAACACGGCCUCCAUUUUGUGUUAUAAGCAAAUUAACAGUUAAGUUAAACGUGUCCCGGGGGUUAACAUUUUUACAUAUUUUCUGUUUUUAAAUAGCGUGGUGGCACAUGAGACAGACAACUCAGGUUUUAAACAGAAAAGCAAAACAGCAUCAUCGCUAAAUCUCCUGCAAAAGUGAUUUAAAAAAAAAAGUUGUUGGUUUAAAAAAAAAAAAAAAGCACAUUACCCCCUUUCAAACUUGUUCCAUGGUUGUAUUU